AUGAUUGAAGUAAUUGCAGAAAUCUUGCGAGGUCCUGUAUUUCUCGCAGGCGAAACUCUUCAUUGUCGAAUAACAUUAACAAAUAAAUUAUCUGAUGAAAAUGAUUCAACAAAUAAUCAGGAAACUUCGGAAAAAAUUUCUUGGGCAAGUGUUCAACUACAUUGUCAACGUUAUGUAAAUGAACAAAAAGUUAAUUUACAACAACAACAACUAUCAAAUUCAACUGCUUUGAUUGCUACAAAAGGUGAAACUGGUCAAACAGUAUAUACAUCUAAACCAUGUGUACUAUUUUGUGAUCUGACAUUACAACCAGGAGAAACUCGAAUAUUUUCCUAUAGUGAAACAAUUUCUACUCAUGUGCCUCCUACAUUUCGGGGAAGUUAUGUUAAAUAUUCAUAUAAACUUACAAUUGGUACACAACGUGUUAAUCAUCCAACAACACUCAUUCGAGUACCUUUUCGUGUAUUAGUUGUACCAGAUUUAGAUAAAUUUAUUCGACAAGAUAAAGCUGCAAUAGCUUCAUCACAAACUGGUAUUACAGUUGACAAUCCAUUUGUUUCUCCUAAUCGUACAGAAAUUGACUCUUUAACAACAGCAUUAGAUGCUCUUCAAAUUCUAACAUCUCGAGCACAUCAACAUGUUUACAAUAUAACUAAUAAUCGUGGUCGUGUUUGUCGUUUUACAUUAUUUAAAAAUAAUUUUAAAUUAGGUGAAGAUAUAACAGGUAUAAUUGAUUUUGAUCAUACAGAUGUAUCAUGUUUACAAUAUACUGUUACAUUACAAAGUGAAGAAAUAUUAAAUCAACAUUAUCGUCGAAAAUCCAGUCAAUUUCCCAAUCUAACAUCAUUUACAAAACAAUCAGAAUUUUGUUUAUCAACAUCUCAAACAUAUUUAUCUCUUUCUAUUCCAUUAUCCUGUACACCAACAUUUUCAGUAGAUCUUGUUUCAAUACGAUGGAAAUUACAUUUUGAAUUUGUUAUAUCAAAAACUCCACGUAGUUUAUUAUCAACAAAUAAUGAUCCAUCAACAAGUACAAUAUGGUUGCCAUCAAGUUCAAUUGAUGUUGAAAGCAUGACUUGGGAUUUAGGAAUAAAAAUUUUACCAACAAAUCCAUGUUUUGCUAAUAAUGUUGCAAAAGUUUCUUGUACAACAGUUGCUACUAUUUAA